UGUACUUCAAAGUAAAAAAGUGCAACUUAUUUGUAUGUAUAUUCCAUAUUUUUCUGGGCCUGUGGUUUGUAUUUUUUGUUCUGGGAGUGGUCAGAUCUUUCAAAUUCUUGUCUAGUUAUUGCUCAAUUCUGAGAGUGCUUUGGCAGGUCGGACAGUUGAGAGAAGUAUCAAACAAGGUUCACAAUGCAGAACUAAAGUUGUUUUUGGAGGUGGAGAAGGGGAUGGAUUUAUGUCCCAUUGCAUCACCUGACAAGACAAAAGAUGAUAUAUUACUUUUCUUUAAGCUAUAUGAUCCUGAAAAAGAGGAGCUUCGCUAUGUUGGAAGACUCUUUGUGAAGGGUACUGGCAAGCCAUCAGAAAUCUUAACAAGGCUAAAUGAAAUGGCUGGUUAUGAUCCUGAAGAAGAUAUUGUACUUUAUGAGGAGAUUAAGUUUGAGCCAAAUGUCAUGUGCGAACCUAUUGAUAAGAAAGUAACAUUCCGAUCAAGCCAGCUGGAGGAUGGAGACAUUGUAUGCUUUCAGAAAGCUCCCUCAGUGGUGGAUAAUGAGCAACAAGUCCGCUAUCCAGAUGUGCCAUCAUAUUUAGAAUAUGUUCAUAAUCGCCAGGUGGUUCAUUUUCGACCUCUGGACAGACCCAAGGAAGACGACUUCUCCUUGGAGAUGUCAAGGCUUUAUACGUACGAUGAUGUGGUGGAUAGAGUAGCUCAACAACUUGGCUUGAAUGAUCCAUCCAAAAUACGUCUUACCCCUCACAACUGCUACUCUCAACAACCAAAACCCCAGCCUAUUAAGUACCGAGGCGUUGAUCAUUUGUCUGAUAUGCUAGUUUAA